CCCUGCCCAUGAAACUCUCACACCAUCAGUGCGAACAACACCAUCGAACUAUAGCUCAGCCCUCUCCUCUGCUUCUUGCUCCCUCUGCACUCCGGGCCGAUCGUAUCCUCAAGAUUGUGCCAUGGGGGAUCUGCACGAAUCGAUCCCGGAAGGCGUCGUCUCCCUGCCCGUCAUCGACCUCUCCCUCGACCGCGACCAGGUCAGCCGCGCCAUCCUCGACGCCGGCAAGAACAUCGGCUUCUUCCAGGUGAUCAACCACGGCGUGACCGAGCAGGCGAUGCGGGACAUGGAGGCGGCGUGCCGCGAGUUCUUUGCCCUGCCGGCGGAGGACAAGGCGGCGUUCUACUCGGAGGACAACAAGAAGACCAACCGGUACUUCUCCGGCAGCACCUACCAGACGGGCGGCAAUAAGUACUGGAUGGACUGCCUCCGCCUCGGCUGCUCCAUCCCGGUCGGCGACAGCAAGAACAACUGGCCCGACAAGCCACAAAACCUCCGGGAGGUCAUCGAGACGUUCACCGUUCUGACGAGAGACAUGGGCAUGGAGCUGCUGCGGCUGCUCUGCCAGGGCAUGGGUCUCCGGCCCGACUACUUCGACGGCAACCUCGGCGGCGCCGACGUGGUCGUCACCCUCAACCACUACCCUGCGUGCCCGGACCCGAGCACCAUGAUUGGCCUGCCGCCCCACUGCGACCGCAACCUGCUGAGCCUCCUCCUCCCCAGCACCGUCCCCGGCCUACAGUUCUCCCACAACGGCCAAUGGAUCGACGUCCAGCCAUUGCCCAACGCCUUCAUCGUCAACUUUGGACUCCCGCUCGAGGUCGUCACCAACGGCAUGCUCAAGAGCAUAGAGCACCGUGUGGUGACCAACACGACGAUGGCGCGCACGUCGGUGGGGACCUUCAUCACGCCGACCAAAGACUGCCUCAUCACCCCCGCCGAGGAGUUCCUGGGUGAGGAGAACCCGCCGCGCUACCACGCCGUCACUUACGGCGACUUCAACCGCAUCCACAGCAUCGCCAAACAUGGGUUAUCCAGCGUCAAAACCACCGACCUCAAGAAAAUUGAGGAAUCACUGAGCACAGAGACAUAGGCAAAACAAGGAUGCCGACUGCCCAUUUUGAUUCGAAAUUAUCCCCAUUCAAUUUCCAAGUUUUGUGUGAUGACUUGAUGCAAUAACAAACCAGAAUAAGGGAUGUAUUAAAAUAUGUCAAUUGUCAUGUGAUAGCUGGCUUA